UAUUGAUACUUUCAAACUUCGAGAUUCGAUUCCCAAUUAUGAACUUUAUUCGUUCAAUGCACGAAGAAUGCAUGGUUAGCUGGACUAACAUGAGUUCUUCACUUCGCUCAAACCUCAGAAGGCUAUCAAAGUCACUGAGUUUCCUGUCAGUAAAAGGAUCAAGUAUCAAACCAUGUUCAUUUGAACAUGUAAUGACUAGAGCUAGCACAGCAAAAGUUGUACUCUUCGGUGAACAUCACGAACAGCCUUCGAUCCUUAAGGCUCAGCUCUGUGUUUUAGAAGGAAUGGCUUCACAAGCAGAAGAAUACUUCAAACAGAAUCAACAGAAACAAAAGAUAUUCCUUGUCCUAGAGAUGUUUAAUUUUCAGCAACAGUUUCUGUUAGAUGCAUAUCGGAAUUAUGAGAUUUCAAUCAGAGAACUUGAAAAAAAUUACGAACAGGAUACUGAAGGCUUUGCUAUCAUGGAACACUACGGCUAUCUUCUAGACACAGCUCGAAGUUUGGGCAUUACAGUAAUAGCGGGGUUUGUUCCAAAAUCAUCCUGUAAAGAAAUGGUUAGUGAUGGCAAAGAAACGACUCUAAAAAAUAUUCAAAAUAUUGGUGGUCCUGAUAAAAGCUUUUACGUUAAUGGUUCAGAAGAGCAUUACAGAUAUUUUCAAGGCUUGAUAAGUGGUAAAAUGGAUGAAGUGAAUGACAAAUAUCGAAAGAUUUUCCCGGCACAAAUUCUCAGAGAUAGUUUCUUUGCUCACUCUGUUAAUAAGAUCAUUCAAACGUCGGAAAACAAUAAAGUUGUUGGUAUAUGUGGUUCUGGUCACAUAGACCAUGGCUUUGGUAUACCUGAAAGGAUAUCUAGAAAAAUCGGGCCAGUAUUGUUGUUGACAUCUAGAAUGAAAGAGGACAAGAUUGAUCCUAAUGUCGCCGACUUUAUUUAUCAGUAUGAAUGAUUGAUGAUUUUAUGAAUUGUUAAUUCACGUUGUUUUUACUAUUUUAUAAUUAAAUAUUUAAAGGAAAAAAACUACA